UAUGUUGCUCAAGGAAGAGCCAUUAGACAUGUUGUCAGUUUGUUUGACAACAUUGAACAACUUAUUAGCAAAAAUGACAGAAGGUACUAUGAAGAGGAGGGUGACAUUACUAUCGAUCAAGAAUGUUUGCAGUCAGGAUAUAUUACUCUAUUACACACACUGAAGUGGUUUGAGAAGAAGACAUCGGACAUGAAUCAUGAAGAAUAUAUCCAAAUGUUAAAAAUGCUUCACCAGGGAGCUGAUGGUGUCAGAGGAGAUGAUACCUCUAAACUCAAAGCUCUUGUUGCAGAGUGGGUCAAUGGGGAAUUCAAGCCAGAUCCACGCCUUGAUCCCGAUGAUAAGCAUUGCCAUGGAUUCAUGAAUGAGGCUUGCGGCAGGAUGCUUUACCCAACCGAGCUUGAUUGGAAUAGUGAGACUGUAAAGGCAGAGAUUAGAAAUCGCACAUCUGGUCAUAUUAUGACAGAUCUCUCUUUUCCUACCUUCCUGUACAAAAAGUAUACUGCCAACAUAGACAAUUUAGAGGAGGGUCUGUUUAAGGGUAAAAUUCUAGUUCAGGCGUACAAGGCGGUCUUCAUGUCUCCGUCCUCAGCAAAGAAUGUUGAAGGUGAUGGU